AUGUCCUCGUUUCUUACCCGCGCGGCGGAGAACUCCAAAGUUCAGUUCGCUGCGACCGCUGUGGUCUCCGGCGCCAUCGUUGCCGCGGGUAUCCUAGGCUACCAGCGGCUGGCGCAAGAGGAGAGGGUAUCGAGGUUGAAGCACUCGAUACCGGAGCCUGGCGACGAUCACCCGCUCCAGAAGCUAACCAGCCUCGGCACCAUCCCUGCCCCCGACAAGGAAGACCUACGAAAUGCCGCCCUCGCGCGUCGUGCGCAAGCCGGAGACUUCGAUGAUGAGCUCAUACUUGAGCAAUUGGCCCGGAACCGCGUAUUCCUCGGACCCGAGGGCUUAGAGAAACUGCGCAAUUCGUUCGUGGUUGUCGUCGGGUGCGGCGGUGUCGGAAGCCAUUGCACAGCGGCCCUUGCGCGAUCCGGUGUGUCAAAGAUACGGCUGGUCGAUUUCGAUCAGGUUACACUUAGCAGCCUGAACCGGCAUGCCGUGGCGACCUUGGCAGACGUCGGUAUUCCCAAGGUGCAGUGCCUUCAUCGUCGUCUGAUUGCAAUCGCGCCGUGGGUCAAGUUCGACCUGCGCCUGGAGAAGUUCGACGCCAAGAGCGCGGCGGCGCUGCUUGCGCCAUGGGCGGAGAACGGGCAGAAGCCGGACUAUGUGGUGGAUGCGAUUGACAAUAUCGACACGAAGGUGGCGCUGCUUAAAUACUGCUAUGACGAGAAGAUUCCCGUGAUCUCCGCCAUGGGCGCCGGGACAAAGAGCGACCCGACGAGGAUAGUCGUGGGUGACAUCGGGACCAGCACAGAUGACCGCUUAUCGAGGGCGACCCGGAGACGGUUGAAGCUCCUUGGAGUCACAAGCGGCAUUCCGAUUGUCUUUUCCACCGAGAAGACUGGGGAAGGCAAGGCUCAGCUGCUGCCACUGCCCGAGGAAGAGGUACAUAAAGGUUCUGUUGGUGAUCUGGGCGUUUUGCCCGAUUUCCGUGUGCGGAUAUUGCCAGUCCUCGGCACGAUGCCGGCAGUCUUUGGUUACACGGCUGCAAACCACAUCAUUCUUAGUAUCACUGGAUAUCCUCACGACUACGUCCCAGCUAAAGGAUCACACAAAUUGUAUGAUAGUGUUCACGCAGCACUACAGGCGCUCGAGGAGAAGCUGGUCCGAACGACAGAACCGGGGCCCACUGAUCUCGCUCUUGGCUUGAAGAUUCCCUUGACAAUUGGCGACCUGGCAUUCCUGGUCGAAGAGAUCUACAGAGCUCGUAGUGCCAUCACCGGAGUUCCAACACGUUUGGUGCUUGUAAGAUGGAGAAAACCAGAGGGCAGCACUAUGAUCAAGAUUGGCGAGGGCAUAGACCAGCAAAGAUCAUCAAACGUCAGGAUGCAGGAUCUAGUAUGCAUGACCAAAGAAGAGGCAGCCGUGCACGACAAGGAGGUGUACAAGGGUGGCAAGGCCCCCGAGGACCUUUAUGAUGCGGAGACCGUCAAGCGUGUUGAGGCCCGUCUAGAAGAGAUUGCGGAGUACGAGAAGCUGAGGUGA